GGCUCUUUAACUGAAUAUAAACAAGCCAUUCGUAAAGCAAAAUUUGAUAAUGACAUUGAUGCUGAAAUGGAAUUUGUAAAGAUGUUCUUUGGUGGUUGUAAUGGAGAAAUUUAUUUAGAAGCAAGUGCCAAUCAAAGAUUAAUAAGGCGCAAAUUAAAACCUGAUGAUGACAAACCUUUAGGUAUGAAGGUGGAUGGCAUAUUUCAUACUCCGGGAGAUAAAGGAAUUGAAAUUGGGAUGAUCGAGAUAUCAGGUGGUUAUUUAAAUUCGGAUACGCCCCGAUAUAUAAAAGAUCACGUUAAAGGUUAUUGGGGAUGUCGCGAUAUUCUCAAUGAUACUGUGAAAAAAUAUAAUCGUGGAGAUUAUAAAAUUUUAAGAAAUUUACGUACAUGGUUCUUUCAUGUACAUG